GGCGGCUAGAGGGGGCGGCAUGAACCCGAGCCAGGCCCUGAGUCUGCCCCAAACUCUCCUACAGAGCACAACCCCUGGCCACUCACUCAACCAACUUUUACAUACAACACCAGAGUUGGCGAGUGCUAAUCUAGGCGAAACUUGUCUAGUAUUCAGGCCGGCCCUAGAUCCAUUGAGAAGGGCCGGGGCUGGAGGGAUGAACAAGGAGGAUAAAGGAAUCAGACAAAAUAGCAGAAUACGUGCAUCUGAGCAAGAUAGAUCGUCCGGAGGUGGUGGUCAAAUGGUCGGGGGAAGACACAAGAAUGAGAACAAGCCGAAGAUAGCCGACCUCUUGACCAAGAAGCUGCAGAAAAAGGAAGAAGAAGAGUCAGGAGCGAAAAGGAGAAGAAAGAAAGAGGAGAUCGCCGGAGACAGUGAAAUGGACGAUUGUCAGCGAUCACUGCCUCAGAAGAAGCGGACGCUGAUCGCCGUAUCGCCAUCGAGGAGCCCGGCGAAAAAAUCUUCAAAACCGAAUCCAAGCCUACCCGAGGAACAGGACGACGAAACGCUGAUCCGGGAAACGGAAGCCGCACUGAAAUCUUUGUCCGGGAGUUGGCCCGCGAGGGAAAACAACUACAGGGAUCAGGACGAAUCGCCGGCUUUCGAAAACCUGUUCGAAGAGAAGAAAAAGUCCCUCGGAGGCUCGGACGGCUGCUGUCUCAAAGACGUCAUCACUCUGAGAGGGCCCCAAGAAGGAAAGCAUAAAACGGACAUAAACAAAAAUUCAACAAUAAUAAAAACUGAAGAAGGGGUCAUGAACGAGGUCGAAGUGAAAACUGAAGACAAGAAGCCCGCGAAGGAUAAUAACGAAUUAGAACAUCUGCUCAAGAUAGAAAACGAAUGCGCGUCUAUUCAGACUCAAGUGAGUAAAGUGAAACAAGAAAAAUUUUCCAGAUACGAACCGGAUUUUAACGAACUCGUCGACGACUCGUCCAACGAGCUGGAAAUCGAUAUGUCCGACCCCGGACAAGAAGACGACGAUAAAAAAGAUAUUAAGAAGAAAAAAGAAGACAAAGAAGACAAGAAGUACAUCCCGUCCGCUUUUAAACCGAUUUCGGAGCAGAAGGAAAAGAUGAUGGAGCUGUUGGGCCCGUACCCGGCGGGAGCGACGUUCGUAGGUUACCCGGGUACGCUGCCGCCCCCGGCCGAACCCGCCCCUCCGCGAGUCGAGGAGAAGAGGAUAAAAGAAGAACCCGAAGCGGUUCAAGUGACGACGACGAAGAGAGUGGAAUCGCCCGAAGGCCCGAUGUCGAAGCAUUACACCAUCCUGCAACCGGCCGGAGCUGGAAGCAGAGCAGCGACCGCUAUACAAGACGUCGCGAGAGAAGGGGUUGUGAGCGUUGCUGCUGUCAGCAGUUCGAUGUCACCGCCUUCAAAAGAGAGGCCGCUCUCCCCGAACAGCAUCGGCAAAGAGGGGAGUAAGUGCCCUGCGCCCGGUUGCAACGGAGAAGGACACGUUACAGGAUUGUACUCGCACCAUAGAAGUUUAUCAGGCUGUCCGCGAAAGGAUAAAGUAACGCCUGAAAUACUGGCUAUGCACGAGACGAUCCUCAAGUGCCCGACUCCCGGUUGUAACGGGCGAGGUCACGUCUCGUCCAACAGGAACACACACAGGAGCCUGAGCGGGUGCCCGGUCGCGGCCGCCAACAAACAAGCGAGCCGCGAAGCACGGCACAAAGCACAGCACGCAAUGAACGCCGAAUGCGGAGGACUCGUGGUCGGGUUCACCAAGCCACAGAUGCCGACCAUGUCGCCGCCAGUCGAAAUGAAGCCGUGCUAUUACCCGACGCCGGGGGAUCUGCCUAGACCGGAUUACAGCACGCCUCCUUUUUACAAACAGCCGACGCUCAAACCGACCAAAAUCCUCCACCAGGAAGAAACCGACAAGGGCGGUAAGCUGAAAAGCGAGUGCUGCGCCAAAACGGAACCCUCCCCUCCGGCAAGGCAAUACGAUAACUACAUGAGCCACGAUUCCAACUCUUCUUCGAGCAUGGACACGAUGGGAGGACCUCAUAUGACCAGUUCGCACCUGCCGGUCCCACCCCCGCCCGUCCCGCCGCACAUCCCCCCGCCUCCGUACGGGCCUUCCGUCCUGGAGGACUCUAGGCUGCAGAGAAACUACGACGACGAAUUGUAUAGGGGUUACUCGGGGACGGGAUACUCAGAAAUGGGACGGACGUACGAAGUGUCCGGCCAUAGGCCGUACGACCCCGGUUCCGGCUACGACCGAUACGAAUGCAACCAGAGGUACCCGGGCACGGAAUACACCGACCAGGCGGGAUACGAACAGCACAUGCAAGUCAUCAUGAAGCAAGAACAAACCACAGAGUCGGAACACAAUGAGCAACCCAUAUAUCCAAGACCAAUGUAUCAGUACGAAGCCACCGCCAAUGGUACAGUGCCUGCGGGGUUUUCACCUGCAGGAUCGGCGAUCAACCUAUCGGUCAAAUGCAUGCCAGCGGGCCUGAAACCUGUGGAGCCCGGCUCGCCCGCCGGUGGAUCCGUCAUGGAUCUGUCGACGUCCAGCGUAACUUCGACAAGCCCUCAGACCGGUGGAUAUGGUGGGAACAGCUUGAGUCCACACGGAUACAACGGGUCGAGAGGAAGCCCGCAAGCAGCGACCAGCCCGCACAUCACUGCCAGCCCACAAGUGCCAACAAGCCCCCAGGGGCAAACACUCGACCUUUCCGUCAAUCGGGGCGGAGGCGGACGCGUUUUUCCCUAUUCGAGAGAAUCCACCCCCGACUCGUCGCAUCCUCAUUACAUCGAUACAUACAGGGAUGUGAACGGAUACUCUAGCAUGAGCCCCCACGCCAGCUACAUCAGCGGAGCAGAAUACGGAACAAACGGUGUCGGAUACACUGGCUACCCAGGGCCUCCCGGCUACUCCUGCGGCUAUCCGACAAGCGGCUACCCGGGAGCUGGCGGACCCACCGGCUAUGGACCCGGUGCUUGUUAUACCAUGGCACCGCCGCAGCAGGAUAAACCACCAAGUCAUUCAAAAGAACAAGGACUGACGGGAGGAUGCGGUAGGAACGACAGGCCGCACAUCCAGGCCCAUUCCCAGGAGCUGAAGUGCCCCACGCCCGGCUGCGACGGUUCAGGGCACGUCACGGGCAACUACUCUUCCCACAGGAGCCUCUCGGGCUGCCCGAGGGCAAACAAGCCCAAGAGUAAACCCAGAGACGGACAGGACUCGGAACCCCUGAGCUGUCAGUGGGAGGCCGCAUCGUGGAGCGAGCCCCUUGACACUUCUCCAAGGCAUACCAACAAAUGUCCCAUUCCGGGCUGUGACGGUUCCGGGCACGCGACCGGGAAAUUCCUGUCACACAGAAGCGCUUCUGGCUGUCCGAUAGCAAACAGAAACAAGAUGAGAGUUCUUGAAUCGGGUGGCACAGUGGAACAGCACAAAGCGGCGAUAGCUGCUGUCACAGCAGCGGCCAAAUUUGAUUCCCUCAACUGCCCUCCUACGGGGUGCGAGCCUUUCCUUCCGACACACAGGCCCCUGCAGCCUCCACCGCCACCGCCUCCUCCUCAACCGCAGGCGCCCAUACCGAAAAAGAACACCCCGACUACUCUGAAAUACCACACCCCUUCUCACAACCCACAUGAGGACAUGUCCCAAAUAUACAAACACCAUACAAACCCGGACGGGAGUAAUAGUGAGGACCUGUUCACUCUAGAAGCGGAGAUCUCCGAGCUGCAGAGAGAGAACGCAAGGGUCGAGAGUCAGAUGCUGAGGCUCAAGACGGACAUCACCGCCAUGGAGGCCCACCUCAGGCAUGGGGACAAGGAGGUGAAUCAGAGGAACAGCAACUUAAACGAAUACUACGAAUCUCUGAGGAACAACGUAAUCAACUUCCUUGAACAGGCAAGAGUCCCGGGCGGAGGGGUUGGAGUGCAGCCGGACAAAGGGAGCCCAGAGCACUUAGAAAAUUACAUAACCAGGCUCCAGUCGAUGGUCGGACCGACUCAGACCCAGACCCAGGCCAACGGCCAGUCGACAAGCGAUGAGACGAACAGGCCGCUUUACGAAACGGUUAAAUUCGCACUUCAGGAUUUCACUGUCCUCCCCACCCCCAUUUGAACUGUACAAUAGCUGCUUCGACUGUAAAUAGAUACUUGCAAAAUACACAAUGUAUAUAAAAUAUUUUGAUUGUCGGCUUGUAAGGCUGGAUCAUUAAAAAUGUAAAUAACUUGCUCGCGCAACGAUAAAUAGCUCAAAAGCUUAAUUUUAUUAUUUG